AUGCACACCUGCACGGAGGUAAAUUCGACUACAAGGAUAGAUAUAAUGCACAGUGGCUCACGCCCCAGAUCUAAAAAAAUCAGUUUCGAUCUCUUGGGGAUUCCUCAAUGGCACUUUUUGACAAUGGGCGGGAGAUGUAGCGAUUUCAGGCAGCGUACCUUAAACUAA